AUGGAGAAGAAUUUAUUCGUCCUCGAAGAAGACGGUGAUGCUGUUUUACAGGAUGUUAUGGCUCCUUCUAUAAAAGAAGAGGGCCCGGACUACGGUCUUGAUGAGGAAGAUUUCAAUGAUCCAGUUGUUCGAGAAAUACCGUUAAAUAUAACACACGGUCCGUGCCCAAUACAUGUUCUGCAGUAUGCAAAUAAGUCCAAGAAAUUGGGCAAAAGGUUUGUGAACCAUCUACCGGUGUCACAAGUUCGGUAUAAGGAACAUAGUAGUUUAUUGGAGCUGGAUAUUCCACUUAACACUGAUGUAUUUUACAAUCAGGAUCGUGCUAAGGAGGACUGGGAUGACGUUAAAGUUCAGACACUCAAGGGUGUUGGUGUCUCUAAUGAGGGUCAGUACGUGGGGUUGAUGCAUGAUGGCCAGCUGUAUUUAAUGCCUGUUGAAAAGGUAGCACAGAUAAGACCAUACUUUAAAUAUAUUGACCAAAAACAACAGCAAAGAAAGCAUGAGGACGCAAAUAUACAAAAUGUUAUGAACGGUGCUAGUGGGACCAAACAAAGGGCUCAAGUGGUGACCAUGUCUGUGAAAAGUUCUAAUGAAGCAAAUCAAGGAAGAUUAGGAGGGUCUUUGCUAGCUCAUAGAAUUGCUGAGGAUGAAGUUAGUAAGGAAUUGGUUUGGAAGGAAGAUACUUUUGAGAGCUUUUUAGCUGAGGUCACCACUGAAGAAUCACGCGAAGCUCUAAUUCCGAAACAUGAAAGCCUGGCAUAUCUGGGAAAGCUAUUAUAG